CAGUGCUGGUGUAAAAUAUAAAUAUAUCCCAGCCCCCCCACCCCUCCCGCAGAGUUCGCAACAUCCUCACUGGCCGCUGCUGGCUUCUACCGAGUGCACCAUCGGCACUGUAAAAACUGGACGGAUGUAUUAGGAAAAGGCCACAUUAACCCCCCUUUUCUUUUCUUUUUAAAUAUAUUGUAGGGGGUCAAUAUCAGAUCUCCAGCUGUCUGACUGCCAGUGAGAAGCGGACUGAAGGUGACCCCUGUGUGUUUGGUGCUAAAAGUCUGAUCAUGGGGAUCAAGGCUGCUCUCCCCAAGUAUGAGGUGUACUUCUAUAUGUCGGUGCUGGGCUUGGCCGUGGCGUGGGCUGCUAGCUGGAUUGUAGAAGCCUCCGGUGAAAAUGUGGGCAGAAAAGCAUUCAAAAGCAGUGUCAAGCCAGGAUGGACCUAUUUUGGCAGGAAGAUGGAUGUGGCUGAUUUUGAAUGGGUGAUGUGGUUCACAACAUUCCGCAACCACAUCCUUUUUGCCCUCGCUGGUCAUGUGAUCUUUGCCAAAAUUUGCUCCAUGAUUUCCCCUAAGCACAGGGGUAUGGUUUACAUGGUGUACGGCCUCUUUGCCAUCUUCAUCAGCAUGGGCUGGUCCUUCAUCACCCUCGUCCUGGCCCACUGCGUCAUGCUGUACACCGUGGCCCUCGUCAAGAGGAAGUGGAUCUGCUUCGUAGCUGGCCUCUGCAGUUUAGCCACCUUCAAGAUGGAGCCAUACGGGUCUUGGCAGGCUGGCUUUGUGACUGGUUCCUUUGAGCUCCAGGACAUUCUCUUCUAUGGGGGUUGUGGGUUUACCAUCAUGCGCUGUAUGAGUUUUGCACUGGAGAACUGUGAGAAGAAGGAUGGCAACUACACCUUCAUAGAUCUACUCAAGUACAACUUCUACCUCCCUUUCUUCUACUUUGGACCUGUAAUGACAUUUGAUCAAUUCCAUGUUCAGGCCAACAACCCCAAUCUAACUCGCAAGGACAGAGAAUUGCGGGACAUCACCAGUAAAGCUCUCCUUCACCUGGGUGCCAUUCUGGUGGUGGAUGUCUUCUUCCACUUCCUCUACAUUUUGACCAUCCCCGCAGACAUGAGACUGGUGAAAAAGCUCUCUGACUGGUCUCUUGCUGGUUUGGCUUACUCCAACCUGGUGUAUGACUGGGUAAAGGCAGCAGUUAUGUUUGGCGUCAUCAACACCGUGGCCAGACUAGACCAUCUUGACCCACCUCAGCCACCUAAAUGUAUCACCAUGCUCUAUGUUUUUUCUGAAACUCACUUUGACAGGGGAAUCAACGACUGGAUUUGCAAGUAUGUUUAUGACUACAUUGGGAAAGACCAUGAUGGAAUUUUCCGGGAGCUUGUUGCAACCAUUUGCACGUUUGCCAUCACCACCCUGUGGCUCGGCCCUUGUGAGCUUGUCUACAUCUGGUCCUUCUUCAACUGUUUCGGUCUGAACUUCGAGUUGUGGCUGGCUAAACUCUUCUCCUUCCCACCUUUCUCAACCAUCGAGGGGAUUUUGUCUGAAGCCAUGUCACGCAGAAUCAGGAGCGUAUUCAAUGCAGUGAACUUCUGGCAAAUCAUCCUUUACAACAUCCUUGCCCUGAACAGCCUGGACUUCGCUAAGCUUGUUGCCAAGCGACUGAUUGUGCAAGGCUUUCCGCUGUCCACUCUGUCCGUGCUGUUUGUGACCUACUGCGGCGUGCAGCUGGUCAAGGAACGCGAGAGGAGGCUGGCCCUGCUGGAGGAGGAACAGGCUCUUGAAGAGAAACCGAAGAUCGACUGAAAAAAAACAAAGACAAUCACUCCUAUCCGGUCCAGUCCCGUCCAGUUUGAACUGUGCCUCAUGUGUCUCGCUCUCUCUCUUCUGCGUGAGCUUACAUACCGGAACCGACCAGUUCUGUCACCCAAGCCACCACCGUGCUGCACAUGUCCGCUGCUGUUUGUCUGAAAACAGGCAUCGCAUCCUUUUGUACUGUGAAUGGCCCUCAAGUGCACUUGCUGUAGACAAACAUCACCUCUCCUUUGACAGAAACAUGAUCAGACAAGCACAACAUGCACACACACACAUAGACACACACUCACACAGACACACACACACACACACACACACACACACACACACACACACACACACUUAAACAAAGUGCAUUUUAUUUGUAAUCUAAUUUAACAUUAAUAUGAAAGACUUGACAAGUAUGUUAUGCCGAUAUGUUAUAAUAUAUUGUAUAAUAUAUUAAAAAGAUAAUGUAUCUAAA